AUGGCCUCUUACCUCCCCCAGUCCAAGCAACACGAAUCAGAGCACCUCGAGAUGCCGUGCAAGGAUGACCUCGAGAGUCCUGACAGCGACAAGGCUGCCGAGCCUGUGUCGACCAACGGCUAUGUCCCCGAUACUGAGGAAGAGAAGAAGCUUGUUCGCAAGAUCGACAUGUACCUACUCCCCAUGAUCUUCCUCAUGUAUCUCUGGUCGUACAUGGAUCGCACCAACAUCGGCAAUGCCAAGGUUGCUGGCAUGACCGCAGACCUCGGCAUGGACUCGAACCAAUACUCCGUCACACUUGUUGUCUUCUUCGUCGGCUACGUCGUUUUUGAAGUUCCUUCUAAUCCAGCCAAACUCACAAUUGACCGCAGCAUGGUUCUUGCCCGUACCCGACCCAGCCGUUUCCUUCCCACGAUCAUGUUCCUAUGGGGCUGCGUCACUGUCGGCAUGGCUUUCAUCCACAGCUAUGAAGCUCUCGUCGGCCUGCGUGUGGUAGUCGGCAUCCUCGAGGCUGGGUUCGCCCCCGGUGUGCUCUUGACCCUUUCCUCGUGGUACAAGAAGGCCGAGCAGUCCAAGCGCUUUGCGGUCUACAUCUCAGCAGCCAUUCUGUCCGGCGCCUUCGGUGGCCUACUUGGCGGUGCCAUCACGGAGGGCCUCGAAGGUGCUCAUGGCCUUCGCGGUUGGCGCUGGCUGUUCAUUGUUGAGGGUGUCUUUCUCUCAACAGGCACUGCUGCUGUGUCCAUCCUCGCAGGCUUCAUCCUGCUCGACUUCCCCGCCAACACCAAGAAGUUCUCCGCACGGGAGCGAGAGUUGGCUAUCCAGAGACUUCUCCACGACAAUGAUGCCCAGGAUUCUGAGGAUCAGCACACUCCAUCUCAUUUGGAGGCCCUGAAGCUGGCCCUCGGCAACUGGAGGACCUGGAUCUUUGUCGUCGGCUACAUGGCCAUCGUCGGAUCCUCCACAUUGUCGUACUUCUAUCCCACGCUCGUCCAAGGUCUCGGCUACACCUCCCAUAUGGCACAGUACAUGACCAUCCCCAUCUACGUCGCUGCCUUUGUCUGCACCGCCGUCACGGGCUACUUCAUGGACCGCAUCCCCCAGAAGCGCGGCCUGGUCCUCGGCUGCUGGAUGACCGUCGCCAUGCUCUGCUCCGUCGUCAUCUGCGCGGUGUACAGCCUCAAGGCCCGGUACGCGCUCCUCGUCAUCAUGGCCUCGGGCCUCUGGGCGUCCAACGGCCUCGCCCUCUCCUACACGUCCUCCUCGUUCUCGGGCGCCAGCAAGGAGGUCCGCGCCAUCACGCUCGCCUUCGUCAACGCCAUGGGCAACCUCGCCCAGAUCUACGGCGCCUACCUCUUCCCUUCGAAGGAUGCCCCCAAGUACCUCAUGGGCUUCGGUGUCAUCAGCGGUCUGUGCUUCACGGGUGUCUUGGCUUACAUAGCGCUGCAUAUCGUUCUGAGGAAGUGGCCCAUUAAGCGAUAG